CGAACCCGGGAUGGAGAGUAGGGGAGGAGGGGGAAGAGUUCGUUUGCCAGGUACCACCAUGCAGGAUAACAUCAGAUUUGUAUCAGCUGGAGAUGAUGUUAAAAUAUGGGACUACUCAUCCAUGACUACAGUGGAGCAAUUCAAUCCACACAGUGCAUCACACCCAGUAUCGUCCUUGUGUUGGAGCAGUAAUAAUCAUUUUCUGGUCACUGCUUCUGGCAGUGGUGAUAAAAUUGUUGUUUCAAGCUGUAAAUCUAAACCUGUUCCACUGUUAGAGCUUGCAGAAGGGAAAAAGCAGACCUGCGUUAAUUUAAAUUCUAGUUCGCAAUAUGUAGUCAGCGGAGGUCUGGAUAAUACUGUGAACAUCUGGGAUUUGAAAUCAAAAAGACUUCAUCGAUCCUUAAAGGAUCACAAGGAUGAAGUUACGUGUGUUACAUUUAAUGCGAAUGACUGCUAUGUUGCCUCAGGCUCUAUGAGUGGAGAAAUCAUAUUGCAUAAUGUAACUACUAAUUUAUCCAGCACACCUUUUGGUCAUGGAAGCAGCCAGCCAAUACGACAUUUGAAAUAUUCCUAUGUUAAGAAGUCCCUUCUGGGCACAGUGUCUGACAGUGGCAGUGUAACCCUUUGGGAUGCCAAUAGCCAAAAUCCAUAUCAUGUGUUUGAAAGUGCUCACAAGGCCCCAGCCUCUGGAAUCUGUUUUUCUCCAGUGAAUGACUUGCUGCUUGUGACUGUUGGACUUGAUAAAAGAAUUAUUUGCUACGAUGUAUCCAGCAAGAUUCUCUUGCAAACUGUAGUGGCAGAAUCUCCCCUAACAGCAGUAGAUUUCAUGCCAGAUGGUGCAACGUUGGCAGUUGGCUCCUCUCGUGGAAAGAUUUACCUUUAUGAUUUAAGAAUGUUAAGCUCACCGGUGAAAACAGUCAGUGCUCACAAAACAUCCGUCCAGUGUAUACAGUUUCAACACAGCAACAUUUACAAGUCGAGCAAAGGUCCCUCAAGUAAAUCAUCCAUUCUGUCCACUGCGGUUAACAAGAAGCCUUCAACAAAGACAGCUGCUGGAGGAACGCACAGUGCAAACAUAACCAAAGAUUUACCACCAUCUGCUAUAUCGUCAUUACCUCAACCAGUCAUGCCUGUAGAUAGUAAAGGACUUCGAGUGAAUGAUGAUAAAUCAGGUUUUCCAAGAAGCACCAGUCUUGAUAUAAUCCCCUCAAAAGAAACAGACUUUGCCAAAACAUCUGAUUAUAAAUCUAUAGACUCAUUUGGAAGAAGUAGUUUGGGGGAUAUAUUUUCUCCUGUGCGAGAUGAUGCUUCACAUUUCAGGGGAGCUGAAGAUUUAUCCUGCAAAGGAAAUGAUCUGGAUUACCUGCCUCAAUUUAGUACAAUACCUUCUUCAAGGAGAAAUCCUGUGGGUGCCAAUACGCAAGGAAUACAUGGCUCUCCCCUACACUUAAUUAUUGAGAGCCCUAUAAAGGAAGAAGAUGAAUCACAAGAUUCCGAAUUAAAAACAAGGAAACCACAACUCCUGAAACAAGAUUUUAGAGAAAGUUCCUCAAAGCCAGCAAGUGUUGACCAAAAUAACCUCAAUAAUUCACCUAUUAAUUCUGUGACUCGGACACCGGAAGCAAUUGAAAAAACAGGACACCAAAUUCUCUCCCAGUUAAAAUCAGAUGUUCCUGCACAUGGCACAAAGAUAGCAAGUCCCAAGGUAGCUGCAACUAUGAGUACACAACUUGCCAGUUCUUUGUCUGAAAAGAUCGCGGAUACCCUUGCAAGUGACAGAACUGGAGCACCAUUAACUGCUAUACAGAUUAAUUUCAUCAAAAAUAUGAUUGAGGAAACACUGGACGACUUCAGAGAAGCAUGUCAUAGAGAUAUAGUGAAUUUGCAAGUAGAGAUGAUCAAACAGUUUCACAUACAGUCGAGUGAAAUACAGAUGUUGUUGGAAAGAUACUCCUUGAAUGAAAGCUUAGUUUCAGAAAUAGAAAAGCUGCGGGAAGAGAAUAAAAGAUUGCGGGCCAAUUUUUAGAAGCAAAUGCACUUGGAGAAAAGAAUGUUUCUGAAUACUCCCCUGUGCUCAAGGAGCAAUUUUUCAUCCUUGGACGUGUAUCACUAAAGUAUUGGUCUUAAUAUUCUGCAUGUGAAGCAACCGUGUGAAUGAAACUUUCUUAGGCUUCCGAUAUAAUAAGUAUCAUCACAUUCUAAAGUCAUCCACUGAGAUCAUGAAGGUUUUCAUCAGGGUUUACAUACUGAAUUAAGAAAAAGAUUGCUAUUUAUUGUUGCUCAGACAUAUUUCAUGCAUUAACAAUAUAACUCCUUUUCAGGUAUGUACUGAAACCAUGAUCGUUGUUUCUGGCGUAACACUGAAUCAUACACAAUAAAUGUUGCCCAAAUAACAAAACCGUAUCUAAAUCUUAACUUGCAUUUUAAAACUUUGAGUGCCGAUCACAAAGUUUCCACUUCAGUGAACAAAAAAGUUGUUUUGUGCAGCGAAGAUAAAUGAAAACAAUGCUUUUGGUCGAGUUCAUAAGAACUAGGCCGUUUGUUAUAGGUUCUGUAGACGGGCUCUGUCCGUUUACUGUUGACACUUGCAAAUUUUUGCGAGUGAAAUGAUUUGUAAAGCAGAAUGCUUAUUUAAAAAGUAUGGUUUGGUUCUUCCCAAGAAAAUGCAGUUAACUUGCAAAACAUUAUUAUAUAGAAGCCUUUCCAAGUGCCUGGUUUUAUUGCAAUUGCAAACAUCUGCGCCUAUACAACUUUUAUAAACAGGGCCAUUGCUAAAGUUUUGGUGGAGAAUGAUUGUGAAAAACAUUUCUAAAAUCUAUAAGGUAACAAAAGAAAUAAGGACAUGAACAUCCUUUUAUCUUUUACUACAACAUUUUUCAAAAAAGUGUAAUUUUAAAAUCUAUUUUGUAUUUAUUAAGAUUAGACAAAGAGUUAUUUUUCAUCACUGUCAGGGUUUACAUACAUUUGUCUGUUAGUUUUCUUGGAUAAUGCCCUGUGUCUGUAUGUAACUAUAUGUACAAUGUAAUGUAUAUCCUUUGCUGGAUGUAGGCUUUGAUUCCAGCUAACUAAAAUUUGUCUUUAAAGUAAAUGUCUUUUCCUUGUUUCACUGGGUGUUUUUAAUUAACUUAAAAUGUUUUUGUUCCUAUCCGAUAUGGCAAAUCUUUUUACUGAAAUGGUGAAAAAUAAUCCUCCGCAGCACUACAUCAAUACUUGGUAAUAAGAGAUGAAGAAAUGGUACUCUGGCUAAGUCUGAUUGAUGUCUGGUCAAGCAUGAUAAGAAAAAUUAAAAAGGUGUACCAAGAGAAUCACAGUGCCUUUAUACGGACGACAUGAAAUCAUUGAAUUAUUUAAUGACCUUGAAUUUUAAUAAAAUGCUUUUAUAUUCAA